AUUGCUCGGUUGCUACAUUGUACCAGAACCAAGGUGAGUCAUUGCUCAGGACCAUGUCAGAAACCUACAUGUUAUAGACAUGUCCCUGUUCAUUCAUGUAUGUUCGAGGGGUAUCACUGCUCGGUCACUGGGUAGUAUGAGGUUGGAUACACACAUGUUCCAAGCAUGUCAUUGCUCAAUCACGUGCCAGGUAUAAAGAUCCCAUAUAUACCCAGGGUUAAUAUCGAUAUGUUUGCAGCUGUAUGAGUGUAUUUAUGUUACACAGUAAUAUUUUUUGCAUGGUUUUAGGUCAUGCAUGCUUCAGGCGGAGUCCGAACGUGUGUUACAGUUGUGGGUCAGUGCAGUCCAACGGAGUAUCACCACAGCAUACAGUGACAACAAACGUGACAGUGGUAGCCUUGUAAGUAAAACGACAAUCUCUGUAAACUUAAUGUAACAUGGCAUUAGCAAUAACACACUUAUUACACAGAAACCCUUUCCUUCUUGGUUUUUCCAGCGACAGUCCCGCUCCCAAGUAGAGGCUCCUACAAAGCAAAGGGGAGCACAGAGUGCACAGGAUGCUGUACUGAGGGUCCCUGGAAAUGCUGCCUGCUCUGACUGCCGUGCUGCGGAGCCUGAGUGGGCAAGCAUCAACCUGGGGGUUACACUUUGCAUAGAGUGCAGUGGAAUACACAGGUCAGGAGAUGUCUUUGCAUGCAUAAGCACAGACUGAACACACAAAUAAAUUGUACACACAGAAAUGCACAUACUGAAUCCCCCCCCAUGAAUGCAUACACUGAAUCCACCCCAGGAAUGCACACACUGAAUCCCACCCACCCACUUAGAAAUGCAUACACUGAAUCCCCCCCCCCAUGAAUGCACACACUGAAUCCACCCACCCAGGAAUGCACACACUGAAUCCACCCACCCAGGAAUGCACACACUGAAUCCCACCCACCCACUUAGAAAUGCAUAUACUGAACCCCCCCCCCAUGAAUGCACACACUGAAUCCCACCUACCCAGGAAUGCACAUACUGAAUCCCCCAGAAUGCACAUACUGAAUCCCCAUGAAUGCAUACCCCCAGAAUGCACAUACUGCAUCCCACCCAGAAAUGCACACACUGAAUCCCAUCCACACAGGAAUGCAUACACUGAAUCCCCCCCAGGAAUGCACACACUGAAUCCCACCCACCCAGGAAUGCACACACUGAAUCCCUCCCACCCAGGAAUGCACACACUGAAUCCCACCCACCCAGGAAUGCACACACUGAAUCCCACCCAGAAAUGCACACACCGAAUCCCACCCACCCAGGAAUGCACACACUGAAUCCCACCCACCCAGGAAUGCACACACUGCAUCCCACCCAGAAAUGCACACACUGAAUCCCAUCCACGCAGGAAUGCACACACUGAAUCCCCCCCAGGAAUGCACACACCGAAUCCCACCCAGGAAUGCACACACUGAAUCCCACCUACCCAGGAAUGCACACACUGAAUCCCACCUACCCAGAAUGCACAUACUGAAUCCCCCCCCAGGAAUGCACACACCGAAUCCCACCCACCCAGGAAUGCACACACACUGAACUCCACCCACCCAGAGUACACACCGAAUCCCCCCCCAGAAUGCACAUACUGAAUCCCCCAGGAAUGCAUACACCAAUCCCACUCCACCCAGGAAUGCACACACUGAAUCCCACCCACCCAGGAAUGCACACACUGAAUCCCACCCACCCAGGAAUGCACACAAGACCAAUCCCACCCACCCAGGAAUGCACACACACUGAAUCCCCCAGAAUGCACAUACUGCACCCCACCCAGAAAUGCACACAAUACUGAAUCCCAUCCAUUGACAGGAAUGGCUACACUGAAUCCCCAGGAAUGCACACACUGAAUCCCACCACCCAGGAAUGCACACACUGAAUCCCACCCACCCAGGAAUGCACACACUGAAUCCCUCCCACCCAGGAAUGCACACACUGAAUCCCACCCACCCAGGAAUGCACACACUGAAUCCCACCCAGAAAUGCACACACCGAAUCCCACCCACCCAGGAAUGCACACACUGAAUCCCACCCACCCAGGAAUGCACACACUGCAUCCCACCCAGAAAUGCACACACUGAAUCCCACCCACGCAGGAAUGCACACACACUGAAUCCCCAGGAAUGCACACACUGAAUCCCCACCUGUGAAUGCACCACACUGAAUCCCACCCACCCAGGAAUGCACAUGGCCACCAAAUCCCACCCACCCAGGAAUGCACACACACUGAAUCAACCUACCCAGGAAUGCACAAACUGAAUCCCACCCACCCAGUGUGAAUGCACAAACUGAAUCCCACCCACACAGGAAUGCAUACACUGAAUCCCACCCACCCAGGAAUGCAUACACUGAAUCCCACCCACCCAGGAAUGCACACACUGAAUCCCACCCAGGAAUGCACACACUGAAUCCCACCCAGGAAUGCACACACUGAAUCCCACCCAGGAAUGCACACACCGAAUCCCACCCACCCAGGAAUGCACACACUGAAUCCCACCCACCCAGGAAUGCACACACUGAAUCCCACCCAGGAAUGCAUACACUGAAUCCCACCCACCCACGAAUGCAAACACUGAGCUCCUUGACCUUGGCACUCAAACUCCUUAAAGAACGAAUGCACACAAACACAAAUAUAUAUUCUGUUUGAAAGCUUCCUCUCUCUUAUUGCACACAGGAGUUUGGGGGUACAUUUCUCUAAGGUGAGAUCACUAACACUGGAUUCCUGGGAACCAGAACUAAUCAAGGUAUGUGGCAUGCUGGGUACACAUGGCAUGUUUGGUUGCCAGCAGACUGUGUGUAAGGGAGGAAGAUUUAUCGGAGAUGGACACUUAAAUUUGUCUUUUCCAGCUAAUGUGUGAACUUGGGAACAACACGAUCAAUGGGAUCUACGAAGCUCGAAUUGAAGAAAUGAAUAUAAAGAAACCAACAUCCGGCAGUGCACGGUAACUAUUAUUAUUAUUGCCAUUUAUAUAGCGCCAACAAAUUCCGUAGCGCUUUACAAUAUUAUAGGAGGGGGACAUUUAACAAUAAAUGAGACAUUUACAAAAAACUUACAGAAAUGAUAUGAUGAAGAGGAUCCUGCUCAAACAAGCUUACAGUCUAUAGGAGGUGGGGUUUACAACACAAUAGGGCACUGUCACUGUGAUAUCAUUGCUUUAGGAUUGUGUGUAUAUAUCAUAUUUUUAAUAAUACAGUUCUUAUAAAGUUUAGAAGCACACAAGAGUCUGUCAUGAACAGAUGAGGUGGGAGGAAGAUUAGGAGAUUGCUUCAAUAUAAGCAGUCAAUGGACACAGGAAGUACUUAUGUAUAAGGAGAUGGAUGGAAGGACAGGACGAGGUUGACAUUGGGAGGAGGACGCAUCUCAGGCCACUGUCACAUGCAUAAAAUAGUUUUCUAAGAAGUAUUGGCCCAGCCCAGUUGCAGCUUUCUAAGAUCACAGAAACCCAACAUAAAGUAUAAAAAAGUGAGAAUGGCUCAGAUAGUUGUGAAAGAGUGGUAGAAUGGUAGAGGAGAUGUAGAACAAUUGGAGACGUAGAAUGGUAGAGAAGGAGGUAGAACAGUGGGAGAGGUAGAAUGGUAGAGACGUAGAACAGAGGAAGAGGUAGAAUUGUAGAGGAGAGCAGUGGAAAAGUGAGAGAGGUAGAACAGUGAAAGAAGUAGAAUGGUAGAGAGGAGCAGUGAAAAAGUGGGAGCGGUAGAAUGAUAGAUAUAAGAUGUGGAGCAUCGGAGAAGAAAAUAUGAAUGGCAGAGGAGAGUUGUUAAUAUAGAGUAGAAAGGUAGAACAGUGGAGAGGAUAAAUUGUUGAUGGGAGUUAGAUUGGAGGAGAAGAGAGGUGGAGCGGUGGAAUGGUAGAGUGGAGAAGAAAAACAAUGAAGAGGGAAUGUGAAGAAGUAAGAUGGAAUAUUGGAGAGGAAUGGGUGGAAUGGUGAAGAGGUAAGAGAGUUAGAGGUUUAGAGGUGGAAUGGAGCUGUGAAGAGCAGAGGUAGAAUGCUGGAGAGGUUUUGAAGUCACUCCAGAUUUUGGCACAAGCCGUUGAGUUUGAAGACCUAUUGACACAAUGGGUUUCUGUGCAAUAUUCAGCAAGAGAAGGUAUGCAGGACUCCCUGUUAUAAAUUCCUGUCACCCUGAGUGGCUAGGCGUGAGGUUGUUUCAUGCCAUGUUGUUAUAAGACAUGUGUUACUAGGCCUUGAUUUGAUGUGUGAUAGUUAUAAGAGAAUGGGUAGAUUAAUGGCAGGACCUUAUUAAACGCGUAAUGGACUCAAGGUAGAUGAGGAGAAGGACCCUGCAUGAUGGAGAAUUUUGCUGCAGAAAUAAACUAGACAUGACAGGCGGAUUCACAGUUUAAUAUUAAGUAAAUAGUUUUUAUUAAAAACAUAAAUAUAUUUUACAGCAACAUGUGUGUAACUUCUAUGUCUAGCAGUGAGAAGGAGAUCUGGAUACGAGCAAAGUAUGUGGAGAAAAAAUUUAUCACCAAACUCCCACAAACAGCACUUCGUAUCUCCAGUCAUUCCACCAACCGGCCACUUAGUAAUCCUGAAACAAGAAGCACGGGGGAGAAGAUAGUCAGAACUGAAACACAACCAGGGAUGAACAAGACAAUCUGCAGCCCUGGCAGACAAAAGGAGAUUGAACAAACAAUUAGCAAUCCAGCUGCUGAUCCAGAGGCCAACAGGUCCAUCACUAGACUGCGGAAAGGUCCAAAACCAGUUCCGAGACCAAGACCAGGCACAGCUCCUUCCACACGUGGUAAAUGUAAUAUGUUAUCAGGACACUUAAAGGAUCACUAUAGUCACCAUAUAAAAGCAAGAAAGACAGGUCCCCCAGCCUUCUUUCUUGCUUUUAUAUGA